AUGAACAUGUGCGAGAAAGAUCAAAAUUUCCACUGGGCCUACGACCUUUUCCAUGACCCCUUUGCCGCUCCCAACAGCUACUAUGGACAUCCUAAUGGUUACAGUGACAACAGCUAUUGUGACUACAAUUAUGCUAGAGAUGCAUCACAUCCCGAUGAGACAUAUUUGCAUUCUUCCGCACUUACGUGUGAUAUGUACAACCCACAAGUAGGCAUGUACCAUCCUGGAAAUGUUGGUGGGCAGGAGCAUGAGGCAGUCUAUGUAGAUCCGUCUAGUUCCUCUUCAUACCCUGGCAGCGACGACUGUUAUGAAAUGGAGGAAGAAGUAGGAAAGAGAUUUUACCCCAUGGUCCCAGUUCCCCAUGUCCCUAAAAUUAAUGGUGAAAUUCCAUCACUCGACGAAGCCACCAUGGACCAUGAAAGGCUGUCAGACAGGUUGAGGCUGUAUGAACUAACUGAGAACAAGGUGAAAGGUGAUGGCAAUUGUCAGUUCCGUGCACUAUCAGAUCAGCUGUACCAAACUCCGGACCACCAUGAGUUUGUGAGGGAGCAGAUAAUUAGCCAGCUUAAAAGUAACCGGGAAGCCUAUGAUGGAUACGUCCCCAUGGCAUAUGAUGAGUAUCUGGAGAAAGUAUCGCGAAAUGGUGAAUGGGGUGACCAUGUGACUUUACAGGCUGCUGCUGACAAGGUGCUUAUAUUUGUCUUACUCAUGGGCAUAACAUAUAUCACAGCUGGCAGGGGCUGUACUUUACUAAUGCCCAUUCUAACGCAAUUCGACAAUCUGUUGCAGUACGGAGUGAAGAUUUUCGUCAUGACCUCAUUCAAGGAUACGUGCUACAUCGAGAUCCAACCCAAGGUUCAGAAGUCCAACAAAGUGGUGUUGUUGAGCUUUUGGGCGGAGGUUCACUACAACUCGAUAUUUCCACAGAACGACGCUCCGAGGUUGCAUCACACGGCGAAGAAGAGGAGAUGGUGGCCGUUCUCGCAGCACCACCAUUGA